CUGUCUGCGGUCCCCCCGGGGGUGCCUACCGCCCCGGGCCCCUGCAGAGGGCACGUGUCAGCACGUUCCCGCCGUUGUCCUCUCAUCCCAUGUCAUAGCCCCUCCCUCAGGCCUGGGACUACCCCCACCCGCGCGGCCCCAUUAUCCCCAGGCCCAACCCUCCGCCCUGACCCGCAGUCCUUUCUCCCCUCCACCCUCCAGUCUGCCGGAGAAGCGAGCCUUCCGCCCAGGGCCCCUGCAGAAGACCUUGUGAGCAUGUUCUCACCCCUGUCAUCUCAUCCCUCUGCCUAGCUCGACCUCAAGUCUGGGGACCCCGGCCCCCUCUGGCCCUUUGUCCCUGGGGCCAGCCCUACGCUGACCGCAGGCUCGGCCCUAGCCCCUGAACCGGCGCGUCUCCCUCGGCAACGCACCGCGACCCAGGAUGCAACCCACAGGAAGGUCGGCUCUCAGGGAGGCUGUGGCCUGCGAUGAGCUGGCAGCCGACCUCCGGUGCAGCCUCUUUGCCUCGGCCCUGCAGAGCUACAAGCGUGACUCCGUGCUGCGACCCUUUCCCGCGUCCUAUGCUCGUGGUGACUGCAAGGACUUUGAGGCCCUGCUUGCAGAUACCAGCAAGUUACCUAACCUGAAAGAACUUCUCUUGUCCUCCGGAGAUAAAGACAAACGGGCUUGGGACCUGGUGAGCUGGAUUUUAUCCUCAAAGGUGCUGAAGGUCCACAGUGCAGGGAAGGCAGAGUUUGAAAAGAUCCAAAAGCUGACUGGUGCCUCUCACACUCCUGUCCCUGUGCCGGACUUCCUGUUUGAAAUAGAAUAUUCCGAUCCUGCAAAUGCCAAAUUUUAUGAGACCAAAGGAGAACGAGACCUAAUCUACGCCUUCCAUGGGAGCCGCCUAGAAAACUUCCAUUCCAUCAUCCACAAUGGCCUGCACUGCCACCUGAACAAGACAUCCUUGUUUGGGGAAGGGACCUACCUCACCAGCGACUUGAGCCUGGCCCUCAUUUAUAGCCCUCACGGCCAUGGGUGGCAGCACAGCCUCCUCGGCCCCAUCCUCAGCUGCGUGGCUGUGUGUGAAGUCAUUGACCAUCCAGAUGUCAAGUGCCAAACCAAGAAGAAGGAUUCCAAGGAGAUAGAUCGCAGGAGAGCGAGAAUCAAACACAGUGAAGGGGGCGACAUCCCUCCAAAGUAUUUUGUGGUCACCAAUAACCAGCUCCUGCGCGUGAAGUACCUGUUGGUGUACUCACAGAAGCAGGCCAAGAGCAGGGCUUCCAGCCAGCUGUCCUGGUUUUCCAGCCAUUGGUUUACGGUCAUGAUAUCCCUGUAUCUGCUGCUGCUGCUCAUAGUGAGUGUCAUCAACUCCUCAGCUUUCCAGCACUUUUGGAAUCGUGUGAAGAGAUAAUCUUUCUGGGCCUGGUGUGGGGGCCGCCUCAACCAUGUGCCUUAUGACAACUUGUUCUGUACCUCCCGUGCUCCAUGUCUAGCCAGGUAGAGCCUGGGGGCCAGUCGGGGACCACAGGACAAUUUUCAUAUGCCAUAAAUGUAUCGCUUGCCUUUGAUGAUGCUCCUAGCCAUGCUCUGGCCAACAGGGACCACUGGUCCCUCACUCACAGGUUUUGGGGAGCCCUCCUGUCUGCUCCUUCCUAAACAGUCCUAGGGAGUUGGCUUUUCUGUCGGGGCCAAAGGAAAAAGUCCUACUGCAUUUAAAAACAAAGUGUCCAAGCUGUCAGUGGUGUGUUUACAAUCGCUCCUGGCAAACGCUGGCCCUUUCUCUGAUGCCUUCUGGAAGGCGGAAAAUGUGUAGUGGGGACGAUAAAUCACUAGGCGGUUGCCUUGUUUUGACUUGAGACACUCAAGAGGAACAGUCAUGUUUCUCAUAAAAAUCGGUGGGAUCGUUUUUGAAUUCCAUCGGCCUUUGUCUGUGAGUAUAAAACAUUUUCAGUUUUCUCAAAUCAACAAACAACCUUCUGCUACAGCUGUAACCCCCGUGCCCGACCAUGAAUGAGAAAGGAAGGAGUCAGAGAUGUGAUUAGAAAAUACAAACUUAACAAUGAGCAAUUUGAGUUGUCUUUUUCUAAAAAUUACCAGCUGCUAAUUAUAGCUACAGGCCUGCCUCCUGAUCUCGUUCUCACGAAGCUGCCUUGAUUGUGGCCUGCCAGCCACAAGUGCCACACUGUAUGUGUUCUGUCACUUCUGGCCUUCGAGACAGAGGCUUGCCUCGGUGUGCCACAGAUGUGCAUAGACUAAGCCUCCCUCAGAGGGGUCGCAGGUCUAUGGGACUCAGCCUGGAAAAGCCUCUGGCUGCCCAGAGAGCUGCAGUUCUACUUGCUAUAUUCUUCGUGCUUCCUUCCUGCCCCAUUUCAGCCAUAAGGGAGCCCCUAUUUGAAUUGGGGAUGCAGGGAGGAGAGAUUUCUGUAAAGAAGGAGGAAAGUCAUUUUUCUGUAAUUUGUGAAGUUGUGAAAAAGCCGCUAUCAUGGUUCUUACAUUGAGUAUUGGAACAUUUGAAAAAUAAUAAAGGUAUUUUCCUAAUUACCAGGU